UGAGAGGCGACUUCAGGCUGCAGAAGUUCAUUUGUUGUAAAAGUUUGGUUACCUAUAAUUAUGUUUUCAUCGGAUGAAAAUUAAUUAAAGCAGAUACUGACUAAUAAAAUUCGGCUGUGCUUCCAAUUUUUGGAAAAGAAAAAUAGAAGUAGUUAAAUAAAAAUGGAGAUAUAUUUAAAUCCAGAAGAACAAAUCAUGUGCCCUUAUAACAGUGCUCAUUUUAUAAGGAGGAAAGUCAUGAACACUCAUCUCGUAAAAUGCAAAAAAAAUUACCCUGAAGCUAAAUUAGUUGAAUGUGAUUUUAAUGUUACUCACAAAAUACCAGAACCUGAAUUGCAGUAUCAUCAUGAUAACUGUCCAGAUAGAAAGAAAAUAGAAGUUACCAUUUACCAAGAAGAUAAAACCAAUUUGAAUAAGUUUCCAAUUCAUAACAUACAUAUAUCACCAGAAGAUAAUUGGGACACUGAAAAUGUAGAUACCUAUAAACCUGAUAUAUAUUGCGAGACUAGGGAAGUUUUGCGUCAUAUAGAUGUACAAUCAGCUGCAAAGAGACGUAAUUUUCGUUUAGGAGAGAGGCAAAGGGUUUCUGAAGUACAAAAAGAGAGGGCAAACAAAAAAGUUGUUAAUCAAUCUCGACCUAUAAGGAAUGCAGCUUUAAGUUCUUUUUCAGGAAAGGAGUUACCAGCAACCGAACGUACUAGAACAUUGGAAGAAGCUACUCCAGAUUCGAUUGGAGAGAUUGUUCAAAGAAUUCGAAUAGGGGCAAACCAGUCAUUUAUUCCCAAAAAUAAAUAAUUCAUAUUCAUUUUUGUAACGCUAUUUUUAAUUUUAUAACUUUACUUUAGGUAUUAACUACUUAUACCAAAUCAGAGGAUAUUUGAAUUUCAGUUUUAUGUUAAUUCAGGAUUUUGUUAUGGAAUAUAUGUUUUCUGUUUGAAACUAAUUUGGUAACAUUCACUUACAUUUAAAUUUUUAAUCAUAAUUUUUUAAAUUAGUAUACUUUUAUAUAAGAUAAAAAUGUUUUAAGACAAUUAAACAGUUUUUUUAUUGAGAAUUCAAAAUGUUGCCUGUCUAUCAGAAACUCGAUUUUCAGUCCUCACAAUAAAAUCGUUCUUAUAAUUUUGUAUCUCCUCCAUCUACUGAUACGAUUUGAGCUCCUGACAAUAGUUCCCAGUUUCAGAAAUAACAACACUUUUGAUACAAAAAACUGAAGCAAGAAAUUUUCCAUCUGAUUUUUGGACAUGAAACACCCUUGAAGAACCAGAGUGUCGCCAUUCCAUCGACUGUUGCUUUGUUUCUGGAUCGUAGAAAUGUCUCAUCCAUAGUAACAAUUCGGUUUAACAAGUCUACAUCAUUUUCAAAUCGAGCACAGAUCGAACGCGAUGCUUCUAGACGGAGAGGCAGAGCCAAAAAAAGUAUCUGAAUUUAUUAACCUGUUUUUUUCUCAUGUGAUUAUAAUCUUCUUUCUUCAUCUUUUUUCUUUUAAUUUAUUGCGUAACUCUGGUUUAUUUUUUUGACGUCAAAAUUUACACUGACACUUCUAAUAAGUUAUUGUUCUUUGCUAUGGUAACGCAAUAUUUUGUUUAUGCAUGGAAGUGGUCUAGGCUAACUAGAUAUCAAUACAUCAUCGUAAAUCGAUUUCUUGUAUCAUCAAUAGUCUAUGUAUAGAUUUUCAUGAUGAUCGUCGUACGGUGACUUAUCAUACUUAUGCCUUUUUUAGUCCAGAAAUUAUUUUAGAGUAUCAUACAAUAAUAUUUGGCCUAUAAGUGAUUUUUUUAAAUUUUCAAUCAAAAUCUCCUUCUUGACAGAGAAUCCUCUCUCUACUGUCGCAAUGCCGUGAGAAUUCUUAGAAAUUGCACUACCUUUUUUAAACUACUGUUUUCGAUUUUUUUCAUCCAAAAAUCAUCCACUCUAUCACAUCUUUAAUAGUUAUUCAACUUAUUUAGAAUGAUCUGAUUCGUCAGAAUAAUAUCUCUAAAAGCCCUGUCUGCUUCUUCCAAUGGAGUGGCUUUGCAUAUGUUUGCAGUCAACAAAAUGUAAAAUGCUUCAGACACCUCUUGCACGGAUUGUUCAGUUAGUUAUUGGGAUUAAGGAAACGUACUGCUUUUGUCAAUUUGAAUGCUAAGUGACAUUUUUCCAAAAUUUAAGAAACCAUAUACAUCAAACACUUUCUACAAUCCCUAAAUCAUUAUCUUGUACCUUUCUGAAGUUGCACAAUAAACCAUUGGUACCUGUUUGUUUU